CUGCGUGCACAAAUCUCUCCCGCUUCCCCCUCGUCGUCUUCUCCCCAAUCUACUAUGGGAUCUGUCUCCCCCACCAUCCACAACUUCACCCUGCCUCAAGAGGGCGGAGGCUUUCCGGCUUCCUUUAUAAAGCGGACAAGCAGGCGAUUUUGGAUUUUGGAUUGCGAUUAUGGGUAUUGAGUUUGUGGUAAGGAGAAGGGAGCCACAACCAAUAUGGGUUUGGGAGUUGGAUUGCGAUUAUGGUUUUUGGAUUGCGAGUAUUCUCGGCGCCGCUGUCAAAUCUGGGUUUUGGGUUGAUUGUUGGAUUUUUCUUGGAGGCUUGCAGGGUUUUCUCUCCCCUAAUCUCUUCGGCCUGGUUCGAUUUCUGCUUCCGAUCCGGAUCUGCGUCGGGUAAGCUCAGUUGGGCUCUUCCUGUACAUAUUGUUCGACAGAAUCCUCCCAAGAUUGACGUUAAUCUCGAGGUCAGUGGUGGCUCCCAGAUCUGCCAGAAGGGCCUUUAAUAAGAGGAUAGUUGAGGACAGCCAAAUCUACGCAUUUGAGUUACUUGCAUCUCUAGCUGGAAAGCUAUUGCAGGAAAGUGAAAGCUCAUCUGCUUCUAGUAAUGCAUCUGAUGCAAAUGACAGGCCUGCAAUUAUUGAUGGUGUUGUUAAAAGAGAGCGAAUCACUACAAGAAAAAUGACUAUUAGCGGCUAAGUGUAUUUGCCACGAUAAGCGAUUUAUGUGCCAUUGUAGCUUUAUAACGGCACAUAAUUAUGUGCUGUCAAUACUGUUACCGCUAAAUCUCUUUAGCGGCAGAUGUUAGCGGCAAAUAUUAUAUGCCUGUAACUUAUUAAUUCUCGACAG